GCGGCGGGCGGCCCGCCAUGGCGGCCGUGCCACAGAACAACCUCCGCGAGCAGCUGCGGCGGCACUCGGCCCGCGGGGCCCUGCGCGCCCCGGGCCCGCCGCGGGACCGCCCGCCGGGCUUCACCUUCAAGAAGGCGCCGCGGGGCCUGGCGGUGCUGAGGGACAAGGACGUGAACACCUCGCUGGCGCUGCCCGCCGCGGCUCCGCCGGACUCCGCCAAGGCGCCGCCGCGGGGCUGCGCUCCGGCCCCCGGGGCCAGGCCGGCCAGCGCCGCUCCCGCCGCGAAGCCCGGCCCCAGCCCCGGCCCCGGCCCCGUUAUCACCAUCGGCGAUGAGUGGGACGACAUCGACGACUUCGACCUGUCGGGGCUCGAAAGGCGGCUCUCCGGGCCGCCCGGGGGGCCGCCGGCCCGCCGCAGGGAGCCCCCGCUGCCGAGCCCCGGCCCGGCCCCGCGCGGCUCGCCCGGGCCCGGGGGAACCGGCGGGGCAGCGGCGGAGGCCGAGCCGGGACCCUGCUCGCAGAGCUCCGUCAUCUGCCUGGAGGACUCGGCUCCCUCGGCUCCCUCGGCUCCCUCGGCUGCGGCGGACGAGGCUCCUCCCGAGCCGGCCCGGGAUGCGGACAGCGGCGGGGCUCGCCCAGCUGCGGGUGCUGAAGGGGGUCAGCAGGAGCCACAGAGGGCCGGGAGCAGCUCCCCAAAACCGGACGAGGCCACCUGGCCGUGGGCAGGCGAUGAGCUCGAGGAGGAUGACCUGGAUAUCAUCCCUCCCUCCCCUGAGGAGGAGCUGCCUGCCUUCUCCCCCUCUGUACAGAGUGCCAGCAGUGUUUUCAGAGACUCUCCCACUGGUGGAAGGUGCACAGCUGGCAGCUCCGAGGCCAGGCAGGAGAAAGUUUCCACAGUACAUCCUGGAGGUGAUCCCAGUGCAGGGGAUGCAGGUGAGGCCGUGCCUGUGGCCCCGGGGCUGUACCGAGUCAUGGAGGCCAUCUGUGAGCUGGUGGAUGCCAUCCCCCUGCAGGAGCUGCAGGCCCUGCGCUGUGCCCGAGCCCUGCUGCAGCACAGGGAGCUCAGGAGAAAACUGCUGGCUAAUUCUGUCAGUUUGAACCAAAAUGGCAUGAACACCACUUUUCCUAGUGUCAGUUUGAACCAAAAUGGCACGAACACCACUUUUCCUAGAAGCUGGAAGUCUCCCGUGGAGCAGAGCCCUCGUGUGUGUCCUGGUGCAGGUCCAGGUUCUGGCCCAAGCUGGAGCUUCGGUUCUGACAGAAACUCCCCCAAAUCCACAAACCUCCCAUCGGUGCUUUCCGUUCAUUCCAGCAGCUUUUCUGCCAGCACAAACCGAACCUUGGGCAGCCCUGGUGCAUCCAAGCAGCGUGCUGAGGAGAUGCCCUGCCCAGGGGCGGCAGAGCUGCCGUGUCCCAAGGGAGGGGGCAGGCAGGGAGCUUCCCUGCGGCUCAGCCCCCGGUCCUGCGACAGCAGCUGGGACCGAACUCCAGGAGCGAGGAAUGGGAUCCAGCCCCUGUGCAGCACAGCCCUGCGGGCCCCGAGCACCGCUGCCACUGCCAGCCCUGCAGGCAGCAGCCUGGCUGCUGACCAUCCCGACUUGGAGCUGGACGCCUUUGACAUCGAUGACUUGGAUGAGGACUGGGAGAGCGCGCUGCCCGCUGCGGCCGCCGAGGCGCCGGCCACGCCGCCCUGCCCGCCCGUCCCGAGGGCGCCGCCUGCCCAGUCCCUCCUGGCCAAGAUUAUGUCCAGAGCCACGGGCUCAGCUGGGGGCUCCAGUCCUGCUGCUCCAAAGCCAGGCCUCCCGAUGGCAACAAAGAGCCAUCCAGAUCCAGUGGUUCAUAACCCUGCACUGGAGCGUUUCAGGGGUAUGAAAUUUCCCCAUUCUGCAGAAAUGAUGAAUAUAUUCCACAGGAAGUUUGGAUUGCACUGUUUCCGGACAAACCAGCUGGAGGCCAUCAAUGCUGCUCUACUGGGGGAGGAUUGUUUCAUCCUCAUGCCCACAGGAGGUGGGAAGAGCCUGUGCUACCAGUUACCAGCCUGUGUCUCUGCCGGGGUCACCAUCGUCAUUUCUCCACUCAGGUCGCUGAUCAUCGAUCAGGUUCAGAAGCUGAAGACUUUAGAUAUUGCUGCAACAUACCUGACUGGUGACAGAACAGAUGCUGAUGCCUCAAAAAUCUACAUGCAGCUGUCAAAGAAAGAUCCUGUCAUAAAGCUGCUGUAUGUCACCCCUGAGAAGGUGUGUGCCAGCAACCGCCUGAUGUCCACCCUGGAGAACCUCUACGACAGGAAGCUCCUGGCGCGUUUUGUCAUUGACGAGGCCCACUGCGUCAGCCAGUGGGGCCAUGACUUCCGCCAAGACUACAAGCGGCUGAACAUGCUGCGCAGGAAGUUCGGCUCCGUGCCCAUGAUGGCCCUCACUGCCACCGCCAACCCCCGCGUGCAGAAGGACAUCCUCAACCAGCUCGAGAUGCUCAAGCCACAAGUGUUUACAAUGAGCUUCAACAGGCAUAACUUGAAAUAUGAUGUGUUGCCCAAGAAGCCAAAGAAGGUGGCAUUGGAUUGCUUGGAAUGGAUUAAAAAAUAUCACCCCCAUGACUCUGGGAUAAUCUAUUGCCUUUCCCGGCACGAGUGUGACACCACAGCAGCCAUCCUGCAGAAGGAGGGGCUGGCUGCCCUGGCCUACCAUGCCGGCCUCACCGAUUCCAACAGGGACCUUGUGCAGCAGAAGUGGGUUAAUCAGGAGGGAUGCCAGGUGAUCUGUGCGACAAUUGCCUUUGGGAUGGGCAUUGACAAGCCUGACGUGCGCUACGUUAUCCACGCGUCCCUUCCCAAGUCCAUCGAAGGUUACUACCAGGAGUCUGGCAGAGCUGGCAGGGAUGGGGAGAUGUCCCACUGCCUGCUCUUCUACAGCUACAGUGACGUGACCAGGCUGAGAAGGCUCAUCCUGAUGGAGAAGGAUGGGAACAGCCACACGAGGCAGACCCACUUCAACAACCUGUACAGCAUGGUGCACUACUGUGAGAACGUGGUCGAGUGCCGCCGCGUCCAGCUGCUCGCCUACUUCGGGGAGACCAACUUCAACCCUACCUUCUGCAAAGAUCACCCAGAAGUGAUUUGUGACAACUGCAGCAGAAAGAAGGAUUACAAAUCACGGAAUGUGACCGAGGACGUGAAGGGCAUCGUGCGGUUUGUGCGCGAGCACUGCGGGCAGGCGGGGCGGAUGAACGGCAGGAGGAAUCCAGGCUCUGGCAGGUACACCCUGAACAUGAUGGUGGACAUUUUCCUAGGUUCAACAAGUGCCAAGAUCCAGUCUGGAAUAUUUGGGAAGGGGGCUGCCUAUUCGAGGCACAAUGCUGAAAGGCUGUUUAGAAAACUGGUCCUGGACAAGAUCCUGGAUGAGGAUUUGUACAUCACAGCUAAUGACCAGGCAGUGGCAUAUGUCAUUCUGGGAGAGAGAGCUCAGGCUGUGCUGGAUGGGUCACUCCAGGUGGAGUUCCACGAGACAGAGAGUGCCAGUGCCAUCAGAAGGCAAAGGGCUUCCAUGGCAAAGAUGUCCCAGCGGGAAGAGAUGGUUAAACAGUGCCUCAGUGAACUUACAGACACCUGCAAAACCCUGGGCAAAGUCUUUGAUGUGCAUUACUUCAAUAUUUUCAGUACUUCCACCUUAAAGAAAAUAGCAGAAACAUUGUCCUCAGACGUGGAGGUGUUGCUGCAGAUCGACGGUGUCACAGAAGACAAACUGGAGAAAUACGGUGCAGAAAUAAUUAAAGUGAUGGAUAAGUACUCAGAAUGCUCCAUCCCAGAAGAUGCUGCCUGCCCAGGUGGGGACACAGCCAUGGGCAGCACGGGCUCGCUGGGGAGCGAUGGAGAGGCAGAGGAUGCAGGUACAACCUCCAGCUAUUUUGGCAAUGACACAAACCAGAGGAGGAAAAGGAAGAGGCCGCCGACCUCCAGGGACUCCAAGAGGAAAAAGACUGGUGGUGGCAGCCAGCAGUUCCACCCCAGAGGUGGCUACAGCAGGUACAGAAGGACCAAGAAGCUGCAGAGUUCGAAGGCUCCAGCUUCCUCUGGUGCCAGCUCCGUGUCCUACAGUGUUGGUGGCACACAGGGCGCAGCUGGGAAGCUGGCCAUGAUGGCACUGCCCAAACCCAAAUCCAGGAGCUUCCUUCAGCCUUCGUAUUCCAUACUUUAGCUGGGAAAUGCAAUUACUGGAUGAAUUUCCCAAAGAUGGAAUCACUGUUUAUUAAAUUUUUGUUUCAUUUGCUGCUGCUGAACCUUCUGGGACUUGUGUAUUUGUUGAGUAUGAAAGCUCACAUUAAAGAAGUAUUUUUUAA